GAAUACAACUCAAUAUGCCAACGAUUUCAUCUUACAGUUAACAAACAGAUAGUUUCUAUCAUUCGAAUACAGAAUACCAAAUUAUGGCAAAAAUAUGCUUUGACAAGGAAACAUAUACUAGAUGAUUUUGGAGUUCAGAAACUGAACGAGUUGCAUUUAUUCCAUGGUACAGACCAUCAAAAUAUCGAGCGAAUUUGUCAAGAGGGAUUUGACUGGAGAUUAUCUGUCAAGAAUGGUCAAGCAUAUGGCAAAGGUAGAUUAUAUAUAUACUAUCUAACAGCAGCAUCAACUUCAAAACAUUCUGAUAUAUCACAUACACUACUUCAGCCAAACAAUAUGAAUUCAUCGGCAAAAAUAAUUAAACAAAAACAUUACUUGCGUAAUUCAUAUUAUUCUUUCCACGGACUGCAGUAUAUGUUAGUAGCGCGAGUAGUUUGUGGACGCUCAACAAAUGGUUACAGUGGAUUAACAAGACCUCCUUCAGACCCAUCAGAUGCUAAAAAUAGACUAUUUAAUUCGGUGACUGACAGGUCUGAAAGCCCCCAGAUAUAUUGUAUUUUUGAUAGUGCUCAGUCCUACCCUGAAUAUUUAAUUGAAUAUACAAGUGUACAGAACGGUCAAUGA